UACGGGCCUCCCUUCGUUUUCCGGCCUCCCCUGCCGGCUCCAUCCGUCAUGGCGCUCUUCGAGCAGAUGCGGGCCAACGUGGGGAAACUGCUGAAGGGGAUCGACAGAUAUAACCCAGAGAACUUGGCAACCUUGGAACGCUAUGUGGAGACCCAGGCCAAGGAGAACGCCUAUGACUUGGAGGCCAACCUGGCUGUGCUGAAGCUGUAUCAGUUUAACCCUGCCUUCUUCCAAACUACGGUGACAGCCCAGAUCCUCUUGAAAGCCUUGACCAACCUGCCCCACACAGACUUCACCCUCUGCAAGUGCAUGAUUGAUCAGGCUCAUCAAGAGGAGAGACCCAUCCGCCAGAUUUUAUACUUGGGUGAGCUUCUGGAGACCUGCCACUUCCAAGCCUUCUGGCAAGCGCUGGAUGAAAACAUGGACCUCCUGGAUGGGAUCACUGGAUUUGAAGAUUCAGUUAGGAAAUUUAUUUGCCACGUGGUGGGGAUCACAUACCAACACAUCGAUCGGUGGCUGCUGGCCAAGAUGCUAGGGGACCUCACGGACAACCAACUGAAGUCCUGGAUGAGCAAGUACGGCUGGACAGAGCCAGAGCCAGGGACCAUCUUCAUCUGCAACCAGGAGGAGAGCGUCAAACCCAAAAACAUUGUGGAGAAGAUAGACUUUGACAGUGUCUCCAGCAUCAUGGCUUCUUCACAGUGAGGCAGCUGCUUCUGGCCUGUCUCGUCACCAGCUGGGUUUAUUUCAGCUUUUCCUUUGUUACACAGCCAAUAAAUGACUCCUAGCCA